CAGAGCGCGCCAUUUUCUCCGUCUGAACAUUUCGGCAGUGCAACAAGCAGAAAAUUUAGGAAGAUAGAUGAGAUGGGAUUGGGAGUAGAACACCAAAUCCAUAUGGAUUGCAGAAACUGGGAGGAAGAUUUUUACAGAGACGCCAUUUUGCAAGAGAGAGAGACUCUUUCUCGCACCGUUUUCCGGACCGCAUACGCUCCAAACCCUAAUCCCAAUCCCAAUUCUGACCAUCUCGUCGCCGCCUCUAGCGAUGGCUCAAUCGCCGCGUACUCCAUUUCCGCCUGCCUCGAGAUGGGCUGCGGAAGCUCCAGGAAUCAAAAUUGGUUAGCUGCGGAGCCAGAGUUUGUGAUUCGAGGGCACGAUGGACCAGCUUAUGAUGUUAAAUUUUACGAUGAUUCUUUGUUGCUGAGUUGUGGUGAUGAUGGUCGAAUUCGAGGCUGGAAAUGGAAAGAAAUUUUAGAAAGCGAGGAAUCUGAGCAAGGAGCCAAGAUGAAGCCAGUACUUGACUUGGUGAAUCCUCAACAUAAAGGUCCUUGGGGUGCUCGUUCUCCUAUUCCGGAAAAUAAUGCCAUUGCAGUGAACUCUCAGAGUGGAUCUAUAUAUGCAGCUGCUGGUGAUUCUUGUGCAUAUUGUUGGGAUAUGGAGAAGUCCCAGGUCAAGAUGGUUUUUAAAGGGCAUUUGAACUAUCUACAUUGCAUUGUUUCGUGCGAGUCGAGUAGUCAGAUUAUUACUGGUUCAGAAGAUGGCACAGCACGCAUAUGGGAUUGCAAAAGUGGGAAGUGUAUACAAGUAAUCAAUCCAGAAAAAGAAGGGACAGGGGCUUCUUUUCCAUGUGUCAGCUGUAUUGCUCUUGAUUCUAGUGAGAGUUGGAUGGUUUGUGGAAAGGGCCAGUCUUUAUCACUUUGGAAUCUUCCUGCCCGUGAAUGCGUUUCUGUUGCUAGAACUCAGGCUUCUGUCCAAGAUGCUCUAUUUGAUGAGAAUCAUAUUCUAGCUGUUGGUGCAGAACCAUUACUCACACGAAUAAACAUGAAUGGGGACAUUAUUUCCCAGAUCCAGUGUGCUCCAACAUCCGCAUUUUCCGUUUCUUUGCACCCUUCAGGGGUAGCAGCAGUAUCUGGCUAUGGAGCGCUUGUCGACAUGAUCUCACAAUUCGGGAGCCACUUGUGUACAUUUCGCUGUAGGGGCCUAUAAGUUGAGUAUCAUGGCCUUGUUUGUCAGCAUGAACUUUAAUUUGGUGUCUCCAACGGCGCCCUUCCCGUUUGCCCGUCGGGGACGGGCGACCUGACGGGCGCCAUAGUGGGCGGGAAGGGCGCCCACGCCCGUCCCGAGUGCCCCUGCGAUGGCCUCGCCCCUCCCGUCGACGGGCGAGUGGGACGGGCGCCACUGUGGCGAAGGUUGCCCGUCCCACUCGGACGCCCGACAUUUUAAGUUUUU